AUGACGAAAUGUGGGGUGGUGCGCAUCUGUGCUUGCGUUCGCUCUGCUUGGAGCUUUCCUGUUGCGUUUCCAGCACAUCUGCAUCAUCCUCUUCUAAGAGCUGUCUGCUUCUUUAUCAAGUGGAUCUCUUCCAUUCUUUGGUUCAUGAUGGGAAGACAGGUUCUUGCUGCCCUCGCACUCCUACCUCUUGCUUGGUGCUUCCAAGCUCCUACCAGCUUUCUUCCUGGAACCAGGGGCAUCACUCAGCAAACAUGCGCUACUCUCAGGCCUGCAGUGCUUGGGAAGAUGCAGCUCGAGGCUCCCGAAAGGAUUAAGAUACCUGACACUUUCAACCCGGCGGAAUGGGGCGUUGGGGGCGGAAAGGGAGGCUUCGGUGAUGGGCUUGGUGGGUUCAAGGUUCCUGAUAGCUUCAACCCAGCGGAGAUGGAGAAAGAAAGGCAGGGUGGAAGAACAGCUGUGAUGGACAGGCCUUCAGACAAGACUGAUCCUGGGAAGAAGUACAAGGUUCUGUUGUUCAACGAUGACAAGAACACAAGGCAGUACGUUAUUGACACCCUAAUGAAGUACAUCCCUGGUAUGACAGCAGACAAGGCUAAGGAGAUCACUGUAGCAGCGCACAACACUGGCAUGGCCAUCGUUGGCGUGUGGAUGUACGAGAUGGCAGAGGCAUACAGUGAUGUGCUCCGCAGUGCAGGCUUGCGGAGUGACAUUGAUCCUGAGUAAACUCGUUGUUUCUUUUGC